CCGAAGCUUACUGGGCAUCAGUAUCGUGUGAUGUGGAUGGUAUGCUUGGAGGAUUUGCGCAUCUCCAUUGGCCGGACAUUCUUGAUUCCAGGAAAUUUGUGCAACAUUUGAAAACUAAGAAGCUGCUGACGAACUAUGAGAAAGCGGUGGAUUGUGGCUGUGGCAUAGGACGCGUCACCAAGCAUCUUCUACUUCCACUGUUCAAUUCGGUUGACAUGGUUGAUGUGAUGGAAAGUUUCAUUCAA